AUGAAGAGCAUGCUCCUUUUACUCAUUUUGCUGGGAGUAGUAUCUGGAAGAAGAACCCAGUUGCUUAAGGGCUUACCUGCAACAAGCACCGUUGAAGAAAAUGCAGCAGCUGGUGUUUCAGUUUAUACCUUUAAUGUAACAGUUUCUCCAUUGUCUUCUGAAGGCGUUGCAAUACUUCCUACCAUAGUAAAUUCAAAUCCUCUUACAGAGGCUUUUGAUAUUGAAUCAAAAGGAAAUCUUGAAUACAGGGUUGUUACUACUGGAAACCCUGUCCUAGAUUAUGAAACUAUGCCAAAGAGCUUUGAUUUACAGAUUUUCGUUGAAGAUACAACUGGGAGAACUGACCUUAACACACUGACUGUCCAAGUAAUAGAUCAAAACGAACCUCCUGUCUUUCGAGGAAAUAUGGCAAUUCAAACUGUAACUAUCUAUGUCUUGGAAGGAACACCUCCGGAAUGCAUUUACCAAAUUGAUGCAGCUGAUCCUGAGAAUGCUGAUCUCAAAUACUCGCUGCUCCCUGCAUCAGUGCCAUUCCUGGUCUUGGAAAGCGGAGCCAUUUUUUCCACAAAAGAAUUUGAUUAUGAGUAUGAUCCACAUUGUUACUUUCUAAACAUAACAGUGACAGAUCCAGACGGACUCAACUCAACUAAAACGGUGAAUAUAAAUAUAGUUAACGUCGAUGAUGAAAGACCUUACUUUACCACAAGACAAAGAAUUUACAGGAUUCCAGAAGAGCAAAGCCUGGGCACCAUUGUUGCCAAUAUGACAGCUAAAGAUCCUGAUGAUGAAGACUCUCUCAGCAGACUUUUCUACAGCAUCCAGUCUCCUAACAGAUAUUUCUUCAUAAAUCCAUUGACUGGAGUGCUGCAGGUGACUGGGAGGAUUGACCGAGAUGCCCUUCCACUGCGGCUCCAUCCUAACAUCUCAUUGACAGUUCGAGUGGAGGACAGUCCCAGCAAUGGUCACGCCAGCGAAAUGGAGAUCAUAAUCGUUAUUGAUGAUAUCAAUGACAAUCCACCAGAAUGCAAUCCUUCUACCUUCAGGAAAGAGGCAAAUGAAAAUAUGGUUGCUGGGACAUUUCUUCUUGAUCUUAGAAAUUACUGUAAAGAUAUUGAUGUUGAUCCAUCAAACAAUCGUUUUAAUUUCACUGGAUUAUCUGGUUUUGGAAGCAAUAAGUUCGCUCUGGAGCCUACUGUGUCUGGAAGACUUAUGAUGACUGAAAGUAUUGAUUUAGAAAACCCAGCUAAUCUAGGGGUUGAAGUUUAUUCUUUGACUGUCAGGGUGCAAGAUAUUGCCUAUCCUAACUACUCAGAUAUCAUCUACAUUUACAUCAGGAUAAAGCCAGUGAAUGAAUUUUUUCCAGUCUUUAGUAAUUUAUCGUAUGAAUUUAAUGUUUCAGAAAUUACUAAAGUUGGAUCCAGCAUUGGAAGAGUGAGUGCCAGCGACAAGGACUGGCCACCCAGUGUCAUCACUUAUUCCAUUGUAGCUGGAGGAGGCACCAGGGAUUAUACAAACAUCUUCUGGAUCAGCCCAACCAAAGGAGAUAUGAAGAUUUUAGCUAGAUUAGACUAUGAAACAACUCAGAAACACAUUCUAACAGUACAAGCCUCAGACCAAGAGAAGACUACAACAGCAUCUGUAACUGUCAAUGUUUUGGAAGUAAAUGAUGAAGAACCAGUUUGUUCACCCAGAUUCUAUUCAUUUCAAAUCCCAGUCAGCUUAGCUGUUGGGACCAAUAUUAAUGGCUUCAGGAUUGAAUGUCAAGAUCGCGAUUCUGAUCCCAGAUCUUUCCGUUACUUCAUUAAUGAAGGUAACGUGAACAAUCAUUUCACCUUUUCACCAAGUGCUGGCUCCAACAUAUCUCGGCUGAUUCUUGCAUCAAGAUUUGACUAUGAGAGUGGACUUGAUACAAACUGGAUUUACAGACUGUGCGUUUAUAUAACAGAUGACAAUUUGUUAUCUGCCAGGGCCAAAACUGCACACCUAAUUAAAACUGGAACGGUGACUUUAAGCAUCAGAAUUAUUCCAGACCCAACUACUGUCAUUAACACAACUCCUGGCUUCACUCUUGUGACGAAAAGGGAAAACCUCUACUCUGAGUCCGCAUGGUACGUGCCAUUCGUCAUCACCUUCGGCAGUUUGUUGCUCUUCGGAGUGCUGGGGUAUCUGGGGUUCCUCCUGACGACGUGGGUCCGCACUCGCUGCCUUCCAGCAGGCAAAGCAGACGACGCACCUCUGAUAAAUGCUCCAGAAAAGAAGAAACCUAAAAAAGAAGUGGUUGUGACAAUGACAAAGCUAAACACUGUCUUUGAUGGAGAAGCCAGAGACCCAGUUACUGGCAAAAUAUAUGAAUUCAAUACACAGUCAGGAGCCCGGAGAUGGAAGAAGAGCAACAAGCCCCUUCAGCCCAUGCCAGCCGUGCAAGUAACACCCAGUGCUACAGAUGAUAGCGGCAAAGAGACAGACAAAGCAGAGGCACCAGGCAAAAAAGAGCCUUCGGAGAAAAAGAAAGAGCUGACCACAGAGACAAAACCAGCUGCCAAGGCCUCGGCAGGGCAAUCAGAUCCAUCAGGCCAGAAUGGGCUAAGAUUACAAAGGCAGAAAGAGGAGUCUGCCAAACGGGGGGUUAUCUUCACCAGCUCCCCAAGGCAG